AUGGUAUUCAUGGAGGUUAAGGAUCAUAUUUGUGAUUUGAUGGUCGAUCAGUUUGGGAAUUAUCUUGAUCAGAAGUUUCUCGCAAUCUGCAAUCACGAGCAAAUGACGCAAUUGCUCAUGAAUGUCAUUAGCGACGAGCACAGAUUCAUGAAUAUCUGCGUUAAUACUCAUGGAAGUAGAUCUGUACAGAAAUUGUUGGAGUAUCUGACAACAGCGGACCAAAGGCGUCUUGAUAUAUCUGUUCUGAAGCGUAUAACUCUUCCUCUUACAAAAGACCCUAAUGGCCAUCAUGUCAUUCAGUGUUGUUUGAAGCUAUUUACUUUUGCAGAAAAGAGGGAAUUCGUGAACAGCGUGUGGUACAUCAAGAUUCUGUCGCCUCUCGAAGUGCAUCAAAUGGGCAACGAGGGCCUCGAUCUUCCAAAUUCGACCCAAAAUCAUUCGCUCUCCACCACCAGCAACAGCUGCGAUGACUACGUGAGCCGGAAGGACUCCAGAUUGGUGGGUGUACCUGAGGUAGAGCGAAACGCGGUGGUAGAAGAGGUUGCGCUGGUGAGUUGA